CAGAAGAGAGUCAUAUGUCUGUGUGCAGUGCACAUUGCCGGUGCGCGCAGGAAGGCAUCCCUUGCACCCUCUCUGCGAUCGAACCGCAGGUGUGAUGACUCUCAAGCUUAACUGGCUUUAUAGGCACAUCGCUCGAACCUGAGCAGCCAGACGAGCAGCCUUCUCUGGAUUCCAUCUCAGCCGCUUGGGUGCCUCUCUUUUAGGUUCUUUUAGAGCACUGAUUCAAUCAUGUCUUUAUAAUUCCCUCGGUGAGAUUCGGACUACUCCUUCGCUUGCAGCCACUGCUUUGCUUCCAGAGGAGGAGAAGUGGAAAAAAAAGCACCAGCCAUGAAUUUUGAUGAUAUUCUCGACAAGAUUGGCAGCUUUGGAAACUUCCAGAAGACCCUGCACGUAUGGAUGUGCCUUCCACAGAUCUUCCUGGCAUGCCACACGCUCGUGUCUGUUUUCACUGGGGCUGUGCCCCCCCACAUAUGUCGCUCCAGAUGGCCGCUGGCAGGUAACCAGGCCCUCCCCCUGAACAUCAGCCAAGCUGCUGGACCAGGGGGGGGUCCUGACCUCUCCUGCACAGCCCUCGAUACCCAAGAGCUGGCCAACCUUAGCAAGGCCCUAGUGCUGAGCAAGAACCACACGACAGAGGGCUGUGCAGGGGGCUGGGAGUACAGCAAGGAGAUCUUCUCCAGCACAGUGGUGACCGAGUGGGAUCUUGUGUGCAAUAAAGCCAAACUGAACACUAUUGCAUCAUCAAUCUACAUGUUCGGACUUCUGGUCGGAGCUCUUCUGUCUGGAGUUUUGGCAGAUAAAUACGGUCGAAGAAUCAUCAUUCUCGUUGGCUUGGCCGUUCAGGCCACCUUUGGAGUUGGUACCGCUUUUGCCCCGAAUGUCUGUACCUACAUGUUCUUCCGCUUUGUGGUCGGAAUGACUGUUUCCGCAGUGAUCAUGAACAUCUUCGUUUUAGGUACGGAAUGGACAGGGCAGAAGCACCGGAUGCUCGCUGGCCUGCUCACCGACUACUUCUUUGGGUUGGGGUACAUCAUGCUGGCGGGGGUAGCGUAUCUGAUCCGUGACUGGAGGACACUGCAGCUGGCCGUAUCUCUGCCCGAAUUCCUGUUUUUCUUCUACAUUUGGGUCCUGCCUGAAUCUGCUCGCUGGCUAAUAACCAAAGGGAAGAAGAAGGAAGCCGUGGAUCUAAUCCAAAAAGCAGCAUUAAGGAACAGAAACCCGCUGCCACCCAAUUUUGAGCUGUUUCAGCAACCCAAUGAGCUCAACGGAGAGGCAAAGAAGAAAAAGGGCACCCUGGUUGACCUCGUCCGCACCCCAAGGAUGAGGAAGAGGUCGCUGAUAUUGUUCUACCUCUGGUUUGUUAAUUCGCUGGUUUAUUAUGGCUUGUCUCUGAACAUCACCACCUUUGGCAUGAACAUCUACCUCACCCAGUUUAUCUUUGGACUGGUGGAAAUACCUGCCCGCACCAUCAUCCUCUUCACCAUCAACCGAUCCAGGAAGAUCUGUCUGAUCUGCUUUUUUGUUACCGGAGGUCUUGCAUGCCUUUCAACCAUCUUUGUUCCAGACAAGAUGCCCAUUCUGAGGAUUCUCUUGGCCAUGAUCGGAAAAUUCGGGAUCACGGGCUCCGUGUCAGUAAUAUACAUCUAUUCCGCAGAGGUGUUUCCUACAGUCAUCAGGCAAAACGGCAUGGGCAUGUCGUCCAUGUGCGCCCGCACUGGAGGCAUCGUCUCUCCCAUCAUGCACCUGCUGGCGAGCAACAGGAAGGAGGCGCCCAUGGCAGUGUUUGGCAUCUGCCCCCUGGUGGGGGCUGCCCUUGCUCUGAUGCUGCCCGAAACCGCCGGCAAGCCCCUGCCCGACACCAUCAAGGAUGUGGAGCAGACCCAGUGCAGAGAGGAUGCUGCAGAGAAGGCCCUCUACAAGCAAGCCCCGGGGUCCCUGGAGGUCAUCAUCUGAGCCCCCCCCCCCCCAUGGUCAGGACCACACAAAGACAAAGAUAAUUCUACUGAAUGGGCCCCCCAAUUCUUUUUGGGGCCCAUUUUUUUUUUUGGGGGGGGGGGGGGGGUGCUGAUGAUAAAAUUUGCCAAGCAGGUUCCAGCAGAGCAGUAGUUCCGUUUUUCCAAGGCACUCGCCCCAGUAUUUGGGCCCCUGAAAGUCUUCCCCUUUCUGUGUGCAGUGAACCAUAAAUCACAAAGUGCUUAUUAAAGGAGCAAAGGGAAUAUAUGUGUGAAUGUCCCUUGGAAGGUCAUUACAGAAUUUACACUUACAAUAAUUUUACAAUAAUGUUACAAAAUGUUACAGUAGACACAAAUCUGUUGAUGCCAGGUGCUAUGCGGACUGUCGGGAUCACGGGAUCCGUGUCUGUAAUGUCUUUGUUGUGAUCAGAAUGAAACAAUACUAUUUUUCAGUAGUCCAUACUUUUUUUACUUUUUGGUUAAAAAAUAAAACCUUAUUUCAAAUAAUCAUAAUCACUCCAGUUUAUAUGCAGUCCAAGAAAUCAUGUAAAAAACUAUUUCAUACAGGAGAAAUCAAUCAUGAUAUUUCAUUAAAGUAAAGAGCUUCAGCCUAUCCAUUAACAUAAUGAUAUGGUCACUUUUAAUACAUUGUAACAUUAGCAAAGUGCAGAAUCCACAUGCCUGUUAUACUGGUCUCAAAGUAACAGUGCUGAUGUUUUCUCUGGGCAAUACUGUGUGCCAGCAGAUUACUCAGAAUACUCCUUAUCUCAUAAGAUGCACAACUCCUGUUCUCACGGGCCACAGUCUUGAUGAUUAAAUAAUAAGUGUUAACAUAAUCACAGAGACUGCAUAUUCAAACCACCACUUAAAAAUGUGACUGAGAGCUGCAGUAAAAUUCGCAUCGGCUCUGCCUGAAGACCAGAGUGACACCUUCUCCAUUAGAGUCAGCCUAAGGCCUGCUCCGCAUUCCACUGUCUUUGUAAUCCCACUUAGCUCCUGUCACAGGUUUUUAAAAUAUAUUUUAUCCUACAAAACCCUGAAAAAGCAGAAAAUAAAUAAAUCCAGAACAACUACAGUCAAACACAAAACUAUAUAAACAUCCAUAAUGUUGUAUUUGACAUAUUAGUGUUUUUUUGGACUUUUUUGGUCAUAUUUAUUAUUGUGGUUUUUUUUGUAUAUUUUGAAUACUGUAAUAAAAGUACAGGAUGUUUUUAACCUUC